AUGAGUGAGAGUAAGGAUUACAAGCCAGCACUGGCAAAUGAUGCCGUGAUGAAGGCUUCGGUUCCUGUUCCAGAGAACUUUGAAGAGGUCCACGGUGUGGACUACUCGAAGCCUGAGAGUAGGAACUCCAGAGCUAUUGACCUUGUCAAGUCUAUGAAGACCAUGGGAUUCCAGGCUUCUAACUUGUACACUGCCUGCGAGAUCAUCAAUGAGAUGAGAAGAUGGAGAGGAAAGAACAAAUCCGAGAUUCCAAAGGAAGAGUGGAAGGGAGAGUUCGAUGAGAAUGGAAACCAGAAGGCAACCAUCUUCCUUGGAUACACCUCCAAUUUGAUUUCCUCUGGUCUGAGAGACACUUUGAGAUUCCUUGUCCAGCAUAAGAUGGUUAGUGCCGUUGUGUCGUCUGCCGGUGGUAUUGAAGAGGAUAUUAUCAAGUGUCUUGCUCCAACUUACAUGGGUGACUUCGCUCUUAGGGGAAAGGAGUUGAGAAAGAAGGGUUUGAACAGAAUUGGUAACAUGAUCAUUCCAAACGAGAACUACUGUAAGUUCGAGGACUUCAUGAAUCCGGUUUUGGAUAAGAUGCUUGCAGAGCAGGAAGCUUCUGCCAAGAAGCUCGGUGCAAACUGCAUGGAUGACGAUGCUCCAGUCUGGACUCCAUCCAGAUUCAUCGACAGGUUGGGUAAGGAGAUCAAUGAUGAGACCUCUGUUCUCUACUGGGCUCACAAGAACCAGAUUCCUAUAUUCUGCCCAUCUCUUACCGAUGGUUCCAUCGGUGACAUGCUUUUCUUCCACACUUUCAGGGCUUCGCCAAAGAGAUUGAGAGUGGAUAUCGUUGGUGAUAUCAGAAGACUUAACAGCAUCUCUUUGGAUGCAACCAGAGCUGGUAUGAUUCUUCUUGGUGGUGGUAUGAUCAAGCACCAUAUCUGCAACUCUUGCUUGAUGAGAAAUGGUGCCGACUGGUCUGUGUACAUCAACACUGGUCAGGAAUUUGAUGGUUCGGAUGCUGGUGCCAGACCCGAUGAAGCCGUUUCAUGGGGUAAGAUUAAGCCUGAUGCACACAUGACCAAAUUGUAUGCAGAUGUUACAACUGUCUUCCCAUUGAUUGUUGCCGCUACGUUUGCAAGCGAGUAA